CCCUCUCGGACGACCUCGCCUCUUUCAACAAGAGUGAGAACCAGAAGGCAAAGUUCAGAGUUCAUCACUGCUGACCCGCACUGGAGUUAAAAGGCCUCGUAAAGCGCCACUUGGCCAAGCCAGCGGACACUACAUUAGACAUGAGGCCAAAGAGGAAGAAUGAGGGUGUCAUCACCUACCAUAUCCCGUUCAAUAUUAGACUUCUGGCACCCGAGGGGACAGAGUCCAAGUGCCUGUGGCCCGAGGUGAAACCGAGUGCGCCGGUGAAGGAGAGGAAAUCUGACGGCCGCCUCAAACUCAAUAAACGGGAUGAAGCCAUGGAGGCACACGCAUCCAGGCCGCGGCCAGGCGCGCUCUCUUACACCUCCACCAGGCGACUGCAGAUAAAAAUGGAGGGUGAAAUUCGAGAGGCUAAAGAAUUGAUUCGACCUUUAGUGGAAACAGACAAGGAGCUGGAGACUUUCCUGAGCAGGCAGUACGAAGCCAAGACGAUCGAGCGGGAGGUGACACGCAAGCGUGUGCACGAGAUUGAGUGGGGUGCGCGCCAAAAUAAGCUCCAGCACCACAUGGCUGUCUGCAACCCGUUGGAGGUCAAGCUGCGCCAGAACUUGUACCAGCAAUUCCUGAAUCACGGAAACACCAAGGGCUUCGUCUUUCUGGAUAUGUGCGACCUGAAUGCGUACAACCCGUACGUCCUCCGCGACAAAACGCCACACCAGUGCAAGCUGAGGGCGGCCGAGCUGAAGAAGGAAUUUUUCAACGACAAGUUCAAAAUGAGGACUCGCUGUGACGCAGGAUGCUCCUUCAAGUGGAUCAGACAGAGCCAAACGGAGCACGGAGGCUACGCGACGCCUUCGACCGUGGUCGCCGCGCUCCCUCUUCAGUCGGCAGACAAGAGCAACCGCAACCACGUCAGGUCUUGCUUGAAGGUGCCGUUCCACAUCCGCGAGAGCUUUGCGCCGGACGGGACGUGCCAUCACGCCGACUGCUGGUUCUCCAGAUGAGGAGCGCUUUUUUUCUUCUUCCGCCACCUGUCGGUAAACCGAAGACGCACGCUGGCCGGAAUAAGCGAGCCCUGAGCGAGCGGACUGGACAGCAUGUUGUGUUUAUUUCACCUUUGACCACAUCUGAGCUGCAUCAUCAACCUGACAUGUUAGGACGAAUAAAAGCUCGUCAUCACAA